AUGUCUGAAGACAAUAAAUCACAAUCUCCACAUUCACCUUCACAGAUCAGGUUUAAAGUUACCAAAACUUAUAAUCCUAGAGUUCAAGUUCAACGUCGGAAAAAUAUUCAUAAUUUCUAUGAAUUUGUAAGAAUAGCAAAUCUAUUAAAAGAAACCAACGUUACCUUAUUCCUUGAACCGUCAACUCCUGGAACCGAACGUUUAAACAUCAUUAAUGAGACUGGAAUGGCUAUGAGUGGUUCAAUUAAUAAACAUAGACGUGCCCCAAGACAACUUUGGUCGGACGAAGAAGUAGAACGAUUGAAGGCUGCUCAUGAUAAAUAUAAUGACACAUUAUUAGAGAAAAUAGAUUUUUUUAUAUUUUUUAUUAGUCAAUUAGUUAUUAUGUAA